AGAAGGCAAAUUAUUUUAAAUUCAAGUACUGUAGUGAAGUUUGUGAAAAGUACCGUGCAUAAGUUUAGUUAUUUUCAAAGGAUUAUUUAAAAAAAGUGAUAUAAAUAUGUGACGAGUAUGUGACGAAUUUCUGAGUCAAAUAUUUUCAUAGUUACCUUGGUACCUACCACCAAAAAUGGCGAAACAGGCAGUAUUUUAUAUAGCAAUAUUUCUUUCUGCUCAUUCUUCAAGAUCUAGUCACAUAUUUCAUGAGAACACACAUAUUACAUUUUAUCCGGAAUUUGAUGCAGAGUAUUUUGGAUAUUCUACUCUGUUGAUUCCUGAUGGUCUGUUAGUGGGGGCACCGAAAGCUUUUGUGCCCAAUGACCAUGGUGGCAUGAAAAUGGGAACAGUAUUCAACUGUCCUCUUCAGGACUUGGAUGCUAAGAAUAUUUCCUGCACUAUUUUGAGAAGGAAUGGAAGAUUAGAUAACGAUGACAUGUUCAGCCGAGUGAACCCUGGUUUCCUCAGGGAUGACAUGUGGUUCGGAGCCACAAUGGCGGCUCUGCCUAAUGGACGAUUAAUGAUAAAUGCUCCAAGAUGGACGGCGCCAUAUGGGAAGAAGCAUUUGCUAAUGAAUGGAUGUACUUACCUUCAAUCUACUAGAAGCAACAGGGUUAUUUACCCACUGAAAUUGACUAAUCGUCAAGCCUACGUCACGGAUGGAAGUAGAAGAGAAUAUGGUGAAUAUGGCACUCAUUUGAAUUUCUAUGCGUACGGUCAAGCGGGAUCAUCUAUAGCAGUCACGAAGCUGAACACUGUCAUUCUUGGUGCACCUGGAUUAUUGCAAUGGACAGGUGGAGUUAUAAGUAUGUCGUUUUUACCUAACGAUACCAGUACUUACACGACGAAGUUGCUAGCUGCCAAUCCUUACUUUUCAAGGGACAUAGGACCGGAUGAAUAUUUUGGUUACAGCGUUGAAUCUGGUGUUUUCCAAAAAGAUGGCAACAUUUUGUAUGUAGCAGGAGCGCCUAGGGCUAAUAUUGCAGGUGGAAAGGUACUCAUAUUCGAGCCACCGAUCUUAGAAUUCAAAUCUUUAAACAUUAAAACCACAAUUAGGGGUCCUCAAAGUGGUUCAUACUUCGGAGCCAGUCUUUGCGUUACUGAUAUCAAUGGGGAUGGGCUGGACGACCUAUUAGUUGGAGCCCCAACUUAUGCGAAGAAUGAUGGAGGUUUACCUUAUGAUCAAGGAGCCGUUUUUGUCUAUAUGAAUAAAGAAAAGGACGCUGAUUUUGUUUUAGAAGAACAGGGACAUGUAGCAGGGUCUGUCACUAAUGGAGCAUGGUUUGGUAUUUCUAUUGCUGAUCUUGGUGAUGUUGACGGAGAUGGAUAUAAAGAUAUUGCCAUAGGAGCACCUUGGGAAAAUGAUGGACAAGGGGCAGUAUACAUUUAUAAAGGUUAUGCCAAGGGAUUAAAUCCCAAUAACGUACAGCGAAUACAGCCAAUGGAUGCAAGAGGAUUCGGCUGGUCAAUAGCUAAAGGGGCUGAUGUUGAUAAUAACAACUGUAAUGACCUGGCGAUUGGAGCCCACAACAGCCAAACUUCAUACCUGUACCGUUGUAUCCCAACCAUGAAGGUUCACGCUGUUAUUCGAGUGCCUAAUGCUAUAAACUUGCCGCAAAACACUACGGGAUUUGAUGCUGUGUUUUGUGUAUCAGCGACAUCACCUUGGAACAAUGUGGAAAUAAAUGUUGUUGGAAAGAUUGAAGUAGAUCCUGAAUAUAACAGAGCAAUGAUAUCCGGCGAUGCUACUCGCAAGUUUCGUGUAAAACCGGGUCAAGAAACAUGUGAUGAACAAACUAUUGAAGUGCAUCCAUCUGCAGACUUAUCAAAGCCAAUAUCUCUGAGAUUUCACCUAGAACCGGAUGAACUAAUGAAAGAGGAUUCUACUACAUUUUUGAUGAAUGCUGCAAGGUUAUCAGAAGAUUCGACUAUGAAGACUUCAUUUCUAAUUCAACUGGUGAGAGAUUGUGGAGAAGACCUAAUCUGCAUACCUUGGCUGGUCAUGACUUUGGAGGCUUUAGACAACCCUUACAUUCCAGGAUCUGACACAAAAUUAGGAGCAAGGAUCACAAUUCUAAAUGAAGAGGAACCAGCAUAUGCUGCGAAAGUUAACAUUUCUUUGCCAAUGGCUCCCAAAAGGAUACCAAGUGAAUGCUCCCUUCAAGAAUUGGUCAUGAUGUGUGACGUUCCAUCUCCAUUGCUUAGAAACGAAGACAUAACAUGGGAAAUAGAACUAGAUUAUGAUAUGAACCACAAUGUAAAUGAUACCAGAGAUCUAGAUUUGAAUAUAAAGGCUAAAUUGAAUGAUGCACUUUAUAGAAAUGUAACUGAUACUGCAUUUGAAGAUAUAGUUAUUAAUGUUGUACAUGAAGCAAACUUUAGUGUUAAUGGAAAAGCCAUGCCAAAUGCAACUUUAUUAGUUACAAGAGAUAAUUUAGCAGCUGGUGCAAAUGUUACGUUUAAACAUUAUUUUGAGGUCACAAAUCUUGGUCCAUCCGACAAUUCAGCUUUAGUUGUUCAGAUCCUAUUACCAGAAAAGACUAACAUAUCAGCCGCCAUAAAAGGAUGUGAGCUUGUACAAAGUAAUGUUACAAAUAAAAAUGCUCUUAAAUGCAUUUGGUCAGUCCCAGCUAAGGUUUCAUACCCAGUGUAUGUUCCACUACAACUGGAUCUUAGUAAAGAAGGGGACUAUCUGAGAGAAAACAUAACAUUCAACGCUACUACUCACAUGAUUGUGCAUGGCAAACAUAAUAUUACAACAUUUGAAGUAAAAACAACGCUGAUUCUUGAGCCAGAGAGUUAUACAUGGAAGUUGAUACUAAUCUGUGUUCUACUUGGGUUACUGUUACUGGCUCUUAUAGUUACCAUAUUGUAUAAGCGAGGAUUCUUCCAAAGAACGACCCACAAGAUGCUGCAGCUCCACAAAAGCAAUCAACAACGCUUGAUUCAGGAAAGUGACACGUCUUCAAUGCCUAUUGAAGAGGAAGAUGAUGAUUUACCACCAUUUGAUGACUCUGACUAACUUUAGGAAGUAUUGAAUACGGUAGACAUUGUAUUACGUAUGGCUGGUGAAACAUGGACAGAUUGGAGUAGCUAAUAAUGAUAGCUUCUAGCUAAGACUGCCUGUAAUUUAUGAUUUGCACUAAGUCUCAGGGAAGAAAAUCUGUUUUGAAAAGUUAUCCCCCUGUUGUCAGUAAAACCCUCGAUUUUCUAAUAUAAGGGUUUGUAUAGUAAGACAUUCAAGCAUGGAAUGGCUUCAGCAAUCCGCACUUUGUUGAAUAGUCGCUACUUGAUGCGAUCAAUCCUAAUUGUCUUAAUCAGCUCGUGUGUAUAUGGCCUAAAUAUGACAAAUAAUACCAAAGUUUUAAAUGCUCAAGAAACCAAAGAGGCUGCCCUCAUAGUAUUAAUAUUAUAAUGUAUAUUUUAGUACUAAGAUAAUAAAUUAUUUUUUGUACUCAUUUAAUAGCCAUAA